ACCAUACCGAAACCGGUGUAAAGCCGCCACCCCCUUACUAAUAUUUGAAGAAGGGCCUAUAGUCUAGGGUUUUAGCUCCUCUUCCUCCGCCUCCACUCUGCCAUGGCGUUGUCCUCCACGCUCGGACUUCGCCGCCUCCUGAGGGCGUCGCCUUCCUCUCUUCCUCAAUGGAAAUGGCCCUUCUCUCCCGUACGUCAAAGCUCCUCCUUUCCCUUGGACGACGCCACCGGUGGCGGCAACCUUCCUCCCCUCACCACCCCCAAGCUCUUCGUUAGCGGGCUUUCAAGGUUAACAACAGAUGAAAAACUUAGGGAAGCAUUUUCUGCUUAUGGCCAGCUUCUUGAAGCAAAGGUUGUGACUGAUAGGGUAUCAGGGAGGUCGAAGGGUUUUGGUUUUGUCAGGUUUGCAACAAUAGAAGAGGCUGACAAGGCACGACACGGGAUGAAUGCCAAAUUUCUGGAUGGAUGGGUUAUUUUUGUUGAUCCUGCUAAACCGAGAGAACCUAAACCACCACGGCCGCCUGAACCGGAGCCUUCAGAAACUGGUAUAAGGACUAAUAAAACAAUUGGAUGGUGUGGAUGAUUGCGUCUGCAUACACAAAUUGUAGUUUUUUUGAAGGGAGAGACUGGAAAACAAUUUUUGUUUAGGAAAUAGUGAAGCCAUUAUUAAGACACUGAUGGAUUGUUGGAGCAUUGAAAUUUCAGCUUCAGUUGACUGGGGCUGAUAAUUCUUAAAAAUCUCUUUACAUUUCUAAUUCAAAUUGAUUGCGUUGUAUUUGGUAGUGGAA